AUGACACAAACUGGCGGCUUGCUGGUGCAAUAUGACUAUCCCCAGCGACCAGCAUUCCGCUCGCUGCGCCGCUGGCGUCGACCGAUCAGCACGAUGAUUUUGAUUGCACUUGUGGUAUUGAUUCACGUUGGACCAUCCAGCAAGAUUCUCCCUGCAUCGACAACUCCCAGGAAGGACUUCCUGGAGGGCCUACACCAAUGUCAUGAGGUGCGAAACCGCACACAGAGAGAUCGCACAGCGUCGACAGACAGACACAAUCCUCGAUGGAACCCAAUUUCUGGGCAAAAGCAAGCCAUCAUCAUCCAGAACGCGACUUUGUUCGAUGGAGAUUCCACCCACGAUGGGUUGGUUGAUAUCAUUUUGGACGCGGGUGUGAUCCGGUCUGUACUUCCCACCCAGUUAAACAACCCGGUGCCCGAUAAUGCCCGCGUCAUUAAUGUACAGGGGCGUUUUAUCACACCCGGGCUAGUCGAUAUGCACUCCCAUCAUCUCUUGCUUCCAUUUCCGAAACUCCCGUCCACCAGUGACGUGAAUGAGCGCCCACUCCUGGGGCCAAUCACUCCGUUCGUGCGUGCUCUUGACGGCUUCAAGCCGUACGACCCGGCGAUCAAGAUUAUCGCAUCGGGCGGCGUCACGUCAUCUCUGGUUCUACCGGGCUCAGCAAAUAUUGUCGGCGGCGAAGCCUAUCUCGUCAAGAAUUUACCGCGCCCGGGUCCGCACGGGGAACCCGUUGUGGAAGAGUUGUUGCUGGAAGAUGGCCGUCCAGAAAGCGAUCGGCAGAGAUACCUCAAGAUGGCCUGUGGGGAGAAUCCGAAAGGUGUUUAUGGCAAUACCAGACUAGGCUUGGCGUGGCUAUUGCGCGAGCAGCUUGAGAAAGCACGACAACUUCUUGAUCGCCAGUCCGCCUGGUGCGACGCUGCAUUCGCAAUUGAAGAGACACCAUUCGCUCAGAGUCACCGUAUUUCGAGCUUCCUGGAGAAAGAAGGAAAGCGACCCGAAUCGCUUGAAUUCGAGACGCUCCUGGCACUCCUGAGAGGCGAGCUUAAUGUCAACGUGCACUGUUAUGAGCCGGAGGACUUUGAGCGGAUGGCCGCGGUCUUGCAUGAAUUCGGUGUUCAUCCUCAGGCUUUCCACCAUGCACUUGAGGCAUGGCAAGUACCGGAACUUCUGAAGAAUUUAGAAGAGAAUAUUACGAUCGCCACGUUUGCCGAGAACGCGCUUUUCAAAGCAGAGGCCUACGGUGCGAAUCUGAGAGGUCCGAAGAUUCUGGAUGACCAUGGAGUCAAGGUUGCUCUAAAAUCAGACCACACUGGAGAAUGGAACUAUGCCAAAGAUCUGAUUCACCAGGCGUCCGUUGCUCAUUCGUUCGGUCUGUCGGAAGAAAAAUCGCUUCAAUCGGUGACAUCAGUGCCUGCUCGGUCAAUCCAGCAAGACCACCGUAUUGGGUAUGUUCGCCCUGGGUACGAUGCCGAUCUCGUCAUCUGGGAUGAUCAUCCGCUUCAAGUUGGUGCGACUCCCAUUGAAGUAUUCAUUGACGGGCGCGCUCUUUUGGAACAUGAUGGCCUAGGCGAAUUAGCUGAGAGGACCCUUGGCUUGACUCAUCAAGCACCGGCAGUGCGACCAUUGGUUUCAGACACCCAAAGAGAUGACACUUGUGCGAAAGCCCAGAGACCUAAUGCAAGAGUACUCUUCACUGGAAUCAAGAGAGCGCUAGUUGACAUUCCAGACCGUCUUGAUCACCCAGAAGAUCUUGUUCUUUUGGUUGAUAAUGACAAGGUUGCAUGUUUCAAUAAGAAGUCAGCAUGUGUCGCUCAUUACAAGGAGGAUGAGGUCGCUCGCAUUGAAUUAAACAAUGGCUAUGUAACACCAGGGCUUGUGGCCUUUGCAAACAAUCUCGGAAUUCAGGCCAUUCCGCCUGAGAGUUCUACCGGGGACGGAACGGUCAAAAGCCAAGAUCUACUCAACGAACAGAAGAGCGUCCAUUUCGCAAAAUACGGUGUUCACCUCCACGGCAAAGCAUUUACUAGAGCUCGAAUCGGUGGCGUUACAAAGGCAGUCACGCCGCCACACGGUACUGGUAUCCUUCAAGGUGUUAGUGUGGGGGUGCGGACAAGUGAAACAGCUACCAUCUUGGAGGGAGGCAUAUGGAAAGACAACGUUGCCCUUCACUUGGCAAUUGGUCAAUCUGCCAAGGACGACAGCACUCCAACUAUCUCUUCUGAGAUUGAGCGUCUCCGCCAGAUAUUGGCAAAGGGUCAGGACGAUGGUACUUAUAGCUCGGGCAUCUAUGCACAAGCUGCGAAUGGCUCACUUCCAGUGGUCGUUAGAGUGUUCAAUGAGGACGAUAUUGCUCAACUGAUACUGAUUAAGCGUGACUUUAGCUCAGUCAAACUGGUAAUCCACGGUGGUCAUGGAGCUGCUCUAAUUGCCAAACCACUAGCAGAGGCAGGAAUACCGGUCAUUCUCAGCGGUAACCACGGCGCCCCCGACAAUUGGGAGAAGAAGAACGUCCUAGUAGGACCGCCACUCAGUGAAAGCCCCGCUAAGAUCUUGGUAGAGGCCGGCGUUCAGCUGGGUCUAGCAGUAAGCAGCGACUCAUCUAUUCAUGGCUUGGCACGAGAAGCUCGAUGGGCUGGUAAAUAUGCCGGUCUGAGCGACGAAGAAGCUAUUGCCCUUGUGUCGACCAAUAUUGAAGAUAUCUUGGGGGUUCGAGAGAGGAACACGGGAGGAUCUCAGGCCUAUGGAGAUCUUGUUGUAUGGGAGGGUGACCCUCUGAGAGGAGAAGGCUCUGUUGUUCUUUCGAUUCAGGAAGAUGGAAGAAUUGCGGAUUGUUGGCCUGACACUGUCGAUGCUAUUUUGUGAGGCUGAGAUACGAGAUCAGGGUCGAUAGAUUGAGCAUCGUGAAGGAAAUUUGGGACAAGGCAGGGAGAGG